AUGUCCAAGCUCUUGCAGGUCGUCAAGAGCUCGCACAGAUUCUGUGUAGGUCGCCGAACUGGAAUUUGCUGGUCUAAGAUACAACAGCCACACUUUCGGCAAUAUGCCACCGUACAGCCAGUGGCGGCGGCCCCAAGACCGCAAAUCCAGCUGAGAUCAUAUCAAGAAGAAUGUAUCGAAGCAGUCUUACGACAUCUCGAUCUCGGCCAAAAACGUCUUGGUGUUUCGCUGGCAACUGGGAGCGGCAAGACAGUCGUUUUCAGUCACUUAAUAGAGCGAGUCCCGGAACCGACAAGAGAAGCUACCCAAACCUUGAUUCUGGUUCAUCGUAGAGAGUUAGUUGAACAAGCGGCUCGCCAUUGCCAGAACAUUUAUCCAGACAAGAUGAUUGAGAUUGAGAUGGGCUCAAGACAUGCCACAGGCGUGGCCGAUAUCACAGUUGCCUCAAUCCAAAGUAUCAUGUCUGGAGACCGUCUUAGCAAGUUUGAUCCGAACCGCUUCAAACUUCUACUCGUCGACGAGGCCCAUCAUAUAGUCGCUGCAAGGUACUUGGAUGUUCUCAAACAUUUCGGGCUCGAUGAAGAAUCACAGAAAGUACCCAACAACCAAUGUCCCGCUCUGGUUGGUGUUUCCGCGACCUUUUCUCGACAUGAUGGCUUAAGAUUGGGCGCUGCAAUUGACCAAAUUGUUUACCACAAAGAUUAUCUGGACAUGAUCGAGGGCGAGUGGCUAUCUACUGCUUCUUUCACUACGGUACAAUCCGGAGCAGAUCUCAGCAAAGUAAGGUCGCUUGGCAAGCAAGGAGACUUUCAAACUGGUGAUUUGUCUAAAGCUGUCAACAACGAUGAAACAAACCAAAUAACCGUUCAGGCAUGGCUUGCGCAAGCUCGAGACAGGAAGGCUACCUUGGUCUUCUGUGUAGACUUGGCGCAUGUCUCGAGUUUAACAGCAAUGUUUCGUCGCUUUGGCAUUGAUGCUAGAUUCAUCACGAGUGAUACGUCAAAGCAGAUUCGAACUGAGCGCUUGGAUGCUUUUAAGAAUGGAGAGUUUCCUGUCUUGUUAAAUUGCGGUAUCUUCACAGAAGGUACCGAUAUACCAAACAUCGACUGCGUAUUGCUCGCUCGACCUACCAAGUCUCGCAAUCUCUUGGUACAGAUGAUUGGUCGAGGUUUGCGACUGCAUCCAGGUAAAGAGGGUUGCCAUGUCAUUGAUAUGGCGGCGUCCCUGGAAACAGGAAUUGUGACUACGCCAACCUUGUUUGGUCUUGAUCCAUCUGAAUUGGUAGAUCAUGCAGAUGUCGCAUCCAUGACUUCAACACGAGAGAAACGUGAGAGGGAGAAGCAACGUGAAGAGGAAGCUUCUUCAGCCAUGGAUCAGCUUUCUGUUAUCGACCAGAGAAACAUGAAGGCGCUGGCUGGCAAUCUCACCUUUACCCAUUACGACUCGGUAAAUGAUCUGGUAGAAGAUACUCGAGGUGAUGUCUUCAUUAGACGGAUCAGUCAAUUUGCAUGGGUCCAGAUCGAUACGGAUAGGUAUAUCUUGUCGAGUGGUAGUGGUGAUAUGCUGAAGAUCCAUCGAGACGACACCACUGAUGAUCGACCAUGGAUUGUCACCAGUGUUGCAAAGCUACCAGCAGGUUCCUCCAAAAGCCCCUAUGCAAGACCUAGAGAACUGGCCAAGGUACAUGAAUUUGAAGAAGCUAUCCAUGCCGCCGACAGCUAUGCAGGCAAACACUACCCGUUCAGAAACAUCGCUACGAGUGCACCGUGGCGCAGAUAUCCCCCAACACCGGCGCAGCUAGCCAGACUCAACCAAUCUCGUCCUGAGCAUCAACAACUUUCGUCUGCGGAUACCACCAAGGGUAAAGCGGCAGACAUGAUAACAAAGAUGAUCCAUGGCGCCAAAGGACGAUUCGACAAGCUGAACCAAGUUCGACGCAGGAUGGAGCAAGAGAAGCAGAAGCAGCAGCAGCUUCAAGAAAGAAUGUCCAGACAUCAGAUACAAGUUGGUCCUGUGCGAUGA